AUGCAGACUUUUGAGAUUUAUUUUGAGCAAAGACGGAAGGGUAUCCCGGAGUCACAUCAUUACACCAACUUCCUUCUCUAUGAUGCCAGGGGGGAAGCGAAGCUGGAGCUUAGAUUUAUUACGCCUGAAGCACAAAUUGUGAAGCCUGAGGUAUAUAUAAACAAGUUUGUUUACGGGAAAAGCAAUUUGUACGAUAACUACGUCGGGAAGGUGAUACUACUUGUCGGCGCCACAGGAGCGGGGAAAAGUACGUUGGUCAACGCAAUGCUGAAUCACAUUAAAGGCGUCAAAUUGGAGGACAAUUACAGAUACGAACUCAUAAAAGAAGCGGAAGACCAGGACAAAAGCCAGACCGAAUAUAUCACAUCCUACACAUUCCAUCCUGAUAGUUCUUCUCAGGUCAAGGAUACAAUCACUAUCAUCGACACCCCUGGAUUCGCCGAUACGAAGGGAAUCGAGGCAGACAAGAACGUCUUCAAGAAAGUCCAAGACUUUUUUCAGUUACGUGACGACUUCAGCAUCAACGAAGUUCAUCUCGUUGGCAUAGUAGUACCCAUUUCUCGAGUCAGAUUGGAUGCCACUGAGAAGUACAUAUACAAUCAAAUAUUGUCUUUGUUUGGAAAUGAUGUUUCCAAAAAUGUCGUCUUGCUGGUGACACACAUGGACGUCAGCAAAGAACCUAAGCAGGGCGACCGACGGAAGACCAAAACAGAAAGGCUGCAGGCACGGCUGGCAAGAGGGACUGCCUCAGACGAACACUCCCGACGGACCACAGACGACCACACACGAGACGGGAAGACGAAAAAACGGCGUGACCGGAAAAGGGGAGGUUUCACUCAGCUGCUGCACUUGGAAAAGCUUCUUCAAGAGAAGCGACGGGAGAGGAAUGAGACAAAGGAAGCAAUCAAAAGAACAUUGGAGAGCAUCAUGGUAGAAUUUGCGAAAGAGAUGACGCAAAUCCAUAGGCUUAUCGCUGAAGCGAAUGAAUGUCUUAUGAGACUGUACGAAAUCGCCAUGAAGAAAGAUUCUCCAGACGUAAUCGAAUAUAUUGAUCUGCUCAUCGAAAAAGAACAAAUCGGAUUCCACCUUGGAUGUGGGGGAAAACUCAAGCAUCUCCAUGAGAUCAAAAGGGCAGCAGAAUAUCUUAAACAAAUCCAGAAUGGGCGUGGUGUGUUCCCAUUUGACGAAAUUCUCAAGAAAUUGGAUAAGAAGGGGAUUCGACUAAUACGCACUCAGUCCAUCAAGAUCUAG